AGUCAGUCCGCGGCGCCACAAGCCUCAGUGUUUACUUCUGCCGCCUGCCAGCCGGGCGGGGAAGGGGAGUACCCGGCCACCCCUCACUUUAGCUCCUGCAGCUUUCCAAACAAACCAGGGCGGGAUGGGAGUGUCUUCUUGGCUGUGGAAAUCGAUCCUCCUACCUUGUCCUGAAGCCACCCGCCGCCUUUCCUCGUCCCUCCCUUCGCGGUGAUUUUCCGGUCCCGGCGCCCGGCGAGGGCGCGCGGCUGGUGUCCGCCCCGCCCGAAAGGUAGGGGUUCGGCUGUGCUCCCGCCUGGUCCCCAACGCCUCACCCUCCGGGAGACCCGCAGCCUCCCACCACUUUGCACCUUCCCCCUCGAAUUUGGGGGCGGCCACCGUGCAACUGGCGCCAGCCACGGAGCAGGAGGAGCUUCCCGCGACUCCGGAGGCGCUCGGCGCAGUCGCCCGGGAUCGGGGCUGGCGGGAGCCUGAGACUCCGGGCAGGGCUGCUCCCUCCUCUGCUCCCCCGCCAGAUCCGCAGGGAAGGAAUCGUGCCCGCGCCGCCCCUGGCCCGCGCCACCUUCCUUUGGUUUCUGCCGGCCUCGGGCUUCUGCGGCCCGAUGCGGCAGGCGCCGCGAGAGAGGCAGCAGCCGGCUGGAGCAGCGGCCCCCCAGGUCGCGGAGCCCGGUGCGCCCCUGCGGUCGUCGCUCCUGGGCCUCGGCGGGUCACUCUUGCCGGCCGGCUUCGCUGCGGGUUUGCACUGCGCGGGUGAGGGAGAUUGGGGGUGCGGGAAGACCGGUCCUGGGCCGGGGUCCGGACGGCCUGGGGUCUGUGCUGCCCCGACCCUCCGGCUUUGCAGCCUCUGAGCCUCAGGGUUGGGGGUGGGGACACGGAGCGCUGUUUGCCCCUCCACAUAUCCUGCCAGCACCAAGGAGGUGGCGUGCGGAGGCGUAAAGGGACCAUGGGCGCUGGGACCCGCGAGCCAGCCGGCGUGCGCCGCAGCCACCGCCGAGAGGGCACCCGGGGAUCCUGGAGCCCCAGUGAAGGGCGGGAGGGACGCGCAGCCUCGCGGGUAAGCCCAGGAGACGCGGGGGCCGAGAUAAUCUGCUCUGGGACCCUCUUUUGUCGAAUCACCGGCGAGGCUGUGCAAUUGGGAAGCCAAGAGGAGUGUCCAGCUCCUCGUUCACUAUUGUUUUCUUGUAAAAGGGUCUGUACGCGAGAAGGGUUGAGGGGUCUGGAAGGUUCUGGUCUCUUACCGUAUAAAGUUUUUCGAGAAACCCUUUUUCCCUCCACAAUGGAACUAGACCUAACAAAACAAGCUCCGAGGCAGUUGAGGAGAAAGGAGGACGCAUUUGCAAGUGAGGAAGCAGCACAACCCCGGGUCUUAGAUAAUUUCUAACAGAGAGGCCCCAGCAAUUCAGCAGGCAGCGUCCUGAGUCUUUGGCAGCCUGGUCCCUCUUUAGCAAAUUCUCCACCUUUGCGAACAGAAGGUCUUUAGGACACAGAUUCUUAAAAGUGCAGGUGAGCCAGCCAUGAGAGGGUAUCUUGUGGCCAUAUUCCUGAGUGCUGUCUUCCUCUAUUAUGUACUGCAUUGCAUAUUAUGGGGAACGAAUGUCUAUUGGGUGGCACCUGUGGAAAUGAAACGGAGAAAUAAGAUCCAGCCUUGUUUAUCAAAGCCAGCUUUUGCCUCUCUGCUGAGGUUUCAUCAGUUUCACCCUUUUCUGUGUGCAGCUGAUUUUAGAAAGAUUGCUUCCUUGUAUGGUAGCGAUAAGUUUGAUUUGCCCUAUGGGAUGAGAACAUCAGCGGAAUAUUUUCGACUUGCUCUUUCAAAACUGCAGAGUUGUGAUCUCUUUGAUGAGUUUGACAACAUACCCUGUAAAAAGUGUGUGGUGGUUGGUAAUGGAGGAGUUUUGAAGAAUAAGACAUUAGGAGAAAAAAUCGACUCCUAUGAUGUAAUAAUAAGAAUGAAUAAUGGUCCUGUUUUAGGACAUGAAGAAGAAGUUGGGAGAAGGACAACCUUCCGACUUUUUUAUCCAGAAUCUGUUUUUUCAGAUCCUAUUCACAAUGACCCUAAUACAACAAUGAUUCUCACUGCUUUUAAGCCACAUGAUUUAAGGUGGCUGUUGGAAUUGUUGAUGGGUGACAAAAUAAACACUAAUGGUUUUUGGAAGAAACCAGCCUUAAACCUGAUUUAUAAACCUUAUCAAAUCCGAAUAUUAGAUCCUUUCAUUAUCAGAACAGCAGCUUAUGAACUGCUUCAUUUUCCAAAAGUGUUUCCCAAAAAUCAGAAACCUAAACACCCAACAACAGGAAUUAUUGCCAUCACACUGGCGUUUUACAUAUGUCACGAAGUUCACCUAGCUGGUUUUAAAUACAACUUUUCUGACCUCAAGAGUCCUUUGCACUACUAUGGGAAUGCCACCAUGUCUUUGAUGAAUAAGAACGCGUAUCACAAUGUGACUGCAGAGCAGCUCUUUUUGAAGGACAUUAUAGAAAAAAACCUCGUAAUCAACUUGACUCAAGAUUGACUCUACAGACUCAGAAGAUGAUGCUAACAGUGUUAGUUUUAUUUUUGUACUGCAAUUUUUAGUUUAAAAUAUGUUGGAUGCACUCGUCAAAUAAUUAUGUAUACUGUCUGUUGCUGCCUGGUGAUUCAUAACCACCAGCUUAAUUUCUGUUAAUACUAUAUAUUUAACUUAUGAAAACCAAGAAAUGUUAAGAUAUCAGGAAAAUAAGUUUUGAUUGCAUUGUUUUUAAAAUAAGCUAGUUUUCUGAGGUGUUUUCACACGUCUUUUUAUAGUUACUUCAUCUUAGAUUUUUGAAGGGAUAUGACUUCCUACUAAGGAUUUAGUUUACCACAACAAUUCUGACAAUAAGACAUUUUGAGGAGGAUAUUUGGCUACUGUAAACAUGGCUGGUGGAAAAGCACAUGACUGUGGCUUGAUGUGGCAAGCCGAAACCACUUGGCUCUGGAAAUCUAAGUUCAUGCUGGUUUAAUUAAGCUCUCUCCUGACAACCCCCAGAAUUAAAUGAACCAUGAUUGUGAAGAGUAAUUUGGUACAAUGAAGGCAGUGUUUUUAAGUUAAAGGAAAUGGGCUAAACAUAAAGUUCUUAUUAGAUAAGUAAAUAACUAAAGAAUACAAUUACUAAACUCUGAUGGCUUUGUAUUAUUUUAAAGAAAUGAAGUUUAACUUUAUACAAUGAAGCUAAGCUAGGCAAGCUCAAGAAGGAAAAAAAAAUCUUGAACAUUAUUUUUUUUUGCCUGACUUAUUCAUUAAAUUUUGAAGGUUUUCCACUUGAGGUAAAGUAGGAAAGGUAAAGAAGAUAACAGAACAAGUAAACACUUAAGAAAAGUCAAGCUGAGGUCGGGCAUGGUGGCUCACACCUGUAAUCCUAACACUUUGGGAGGCCGAGGGAGGCAGCUGGAUUGCCUGAACUCAGGAGUUCAAGACCAGCCUGGCCAACAUGGUGAAACCUCAUCUCUACUAAAAUACAAAAUAAUUAGCUGGGCGUGGUGGUAUGUGCUGUAGUCCCAGGUACUCGGGAGGCUGAGGCACGAGAAUUGCUUGAGCCCGGGAGGCAGAGGUUGCAGUGAGCCGAGAUCGCGCCACUGCACUCCAGCCCGGGUGACAGAGCGAGGCUGUCUUCUAAAAAAUAUAAAAAGUGAAGCUGGCAUUUUUGGAUUUAAAUGGUACAAAAAGAAUAUCUCAUUUUCCCAUGAUUAAAGCUAAUCUUCAGAUGGAAAGCUUGCCUGGCUACCUAGGGUGCACCAGAGAAUCUGAUCCAAUGCAAGCCAGUCAAUCCUACAAAUGUGGUGAGCUAGUCUUCCUUCCUAUAUUUUAAUAAAUGUAACCAAAGGCCAUCUGGAGGUAGGGGAAUGAGAGGUGAAGGAACAGAAAAAUAAAUAGAGGUUAUAAGGAUGGAACUAAAAGUUGUCAGAAGAGGUAUGAGCUGAAGAAAGAAUUACUCUCUUUUGACCAAUAAAUACAAUUGGGAAACACUGGAAAA